AUGUAUGUCGAUGACCUCCUUAGGUCUCUCAACAUGACAACGCAAGAAGCCAUCCAACUGGUCAUAGAAAUAAUCGACAUGCUUGCCAAGGGAGGAUUUCGUAUUACGAAGAUCAACAGUAACGUGAGAGAGAUUUUGAGGGCCAUCCCUCAGAAUGAACGAGGCAAACCUACCCUCGAUUUGGAUUUAGAUGAGCUGCCCGUGGAACGUGCCCUAGGUUUUGAAUGGAAUACUGAGGAGGACGUCUUCCAGUUCAAGGUCCAGCUGCAAGAGAAGCCGAUGACCAAACGUGGAGUGUUAUCUACCCUUUCAUCUUUGUACGAUCCCAUCGGAUUUGUUUGCCCCGUAGUCCUUGAGGCAAAGCAAAUCAUGCAGCGAUUGUGGCAAGCCAAGGUAGGAUGGGAUGAUCCCAUUCCAGAGAACGAGUUGGCAGUUUGA